AUGCUUCCCUUGAGGCUGGCCACUUGCUUCCUGCAGCUCCUGGCUGGGCUGGCUCUGCCCACGGUGCCCCCAGAGCAGUGGGCUUUGUCUCCUGGGAACAGCUCAUCAGAGGUGAAAGUGGUGCCCUUCCAGGAAGUGUGGGGCCGCAGCUACUGCCGGGCACUGGAGAGGCUGGUGGACAUCGUGACUGAGUACCCCAGUGAGGUGGAGCACAUGUUCAGCCCAUCCUGUGUGUCCCUGCUGCGCUGCACCGGCUGCUGUGGUGAUGAGAACCUGCACUGUGUGCCGGUGGAGACGGUCAAUGUCACCAUGCAGCUCCUGAAGAUUCGCUCUGGGGACUGGCCGUCCUAUGUGGAGCUGACAUUCUCUCAGCACGUACGCUGCGAGUGCAGACCUCUGCGGGAGAAGAUGAAGCCAGAAAGGAGGAGACCCAAGGGCAGGGGGAAGAGGAAGAGAGUCAAGCAGAGACCCACAGACUGCCACCUGGCCUAA